AUGGACGAAUGGGACUACUCUCCGUUGAUCUUGGCCUCUAUCUGUGGUCACGAGAACGUGGUGCGAUUGCUGUUGGAGAAAGGCUCAAUUGUCAGCAGAGACACUUUUGAAGGGUCGCGGGCCAUAUAUGGUGCGCUGACAGACUCGAUCCGCACGUUGUUGUUGUCCUACGAUAUAACCAAAGCUGUGGAUGUGACUCAACCGUUUGCCUCUCAUAUCUCUGCUUUAUUUCAGAAACCUCGGUUCACCACCGCGGAUCUGCGCAUUGGCGAGUUCUGUUUGAACCGGUUUCUUCUGAGCUCGAUGUCCAGCUACUUCCAGACGACAGAGAUCGACCUGAGCAAGUAUAGCGCUCGCUCUUUGCAGUUUCUGUUUGAGUAUAUUUAUCUUGUGCCGUCUUUGGAUCUAAACGCGGUCAAGCUCGACGAGCUCCGCGAGCUUGCGCAAGUCACAAACCUCACAUACAUGCAAAUCGCUGUUGACCAGAUCGUGAGCCAGAAAACCGCAGCCGACAUCAACAAGGCCAAAAACAUCAUCCAGCACACAAUGUACGAGAACGCUAGACAGAAGCUGAAAAGUCUCGUUUCCAAGAUCAUCGACCACCAUAUCACCAAACCUUUGGAUAUUGACCUUACCAACGCAGACAAACAGAAACUCUUGCGCAGUUGCAAUGCCGACUUGGUCUUCAAAGUCAAUAUCGGCUCAACGUCGCAUUAUUAUCCCGUUCACAGAGCAAUUUUGUCCAGAGCGGAAUACUACCUCACAUUAUUUGUUUCUGGGUUCCACGACACGGCGAUCUUCGAGGAUCUCGAGCAGGACGGUGUCGUUGACCUUGAAAAACUGUACAUGGAGCCAGAAUUAAUACCCGUCAUAUCUCUGCCGUCGUCAGACACUUUAGAGGUUUCGCAAGAAACAACAGAGAUCCUGCUCCAGUACUUGUACUUCGACGAGGCGUCGAUUCCUCCGGAAAGUGCCAUGGACACGCUUGUCAUUGCCGACUCGCUGUUCUUGGACCGGCUGAAAACCAUGGCUGCCAUUAGUCUAUCGUCGAUCGACGAUUUUUCCACGGUCAACAUCUCGGUGUACGACAUUCUGCGUGCUGCGUGGGAAUUCAAAGUGCACCGUCUGGAAGAUCGCGUGGCACACAUCAUUGCCAACCAGAUCGAAUCUUUCAUCAAGGAUCCAGAGUUUAAAGAGGUUAUUUUGGAGUCUUCGAGCCGGAUCAGUGCCAGACAGGAGUUUGACACUAUCGAAUUAAUUGACGAUAUCCGGUUCCAUUUGACGAAAAGAUAUGCUAUAGACCAAGAGGGAGGAACUUUAGAUCCGACCAUGACGCGAGUGGAGAGCGAGGAGUAUCUGGAACGGUUACAAGAGUACGAACACUACAUCGAGGAGAUGGACCUAAUUCUGCAAGAUCUGGGUCUCAACGCCUAA